CUGCUCCAGAUCCCAAACACAGGCAAAAGAAAAGCAGAUUUGGAAGGGACAAUAAGAAAAGCAACACUCUUUCUCUUUAAUAUGUCUUCCGGAUUAUUUUAACUCCAAUAGAAGCAAGGAAGUUGAUUCACAAAAAUAGAAGCUUUAUACUUUAUUCCUUUCUCAAACACUGCUAUAAAGUGCAGCCACAAACCCAGUUUGCAUCAUCACCAUACUCACUCAUUCUUACUUUCUCUUCAUCAAAACAGCCUAAUUUUCUCUUGCUGAUCACCAUGGAUUUCAGAGGAUCACUCCCACCUCAAAAAGCACUCCCACCUCCAAGAGCUCCCAUGCCUCCUCCAAGUAGGCAGCUAAUGAGAGGUGGUGGUGGUGGUUAUGGAGAACAACAGCAGCACCGUGGUGGUGGCAACAUGAUGAUGAUGAGCGACGACAAUGUGAUGAUGAAGCAGAUUGCAGCCACUCAUGCACCUGAUGGCAGGGAAGUUGAUGUCAAGCCUUUGCUGGUCCUUGUGGAAGACAUUCUCAACCGUGCAACUCUGCAAGUUGAUACCACUCUCUCGCCAAUCCAAGCUAAGAAUGAGAUAGAGGACAAGGCAUACCAAAUCAAUCAAGUUAGCAUGCUGGAAGCACUCUCUUACACCAUUGAUCGAGUUUCUAAAGAGAUUGCAUACAAGGCAUUAGGAGGAGCAGAUGCCCACUCAACAACAGUGGCCAUCUUCGAGACACUAGCAAGCUUCCCAUGGGAUGCCAAGCUGGUCCUAACCCUAGCAGCUUUUGCACUCCACUAUGGAGAGUUCUGGCUCCUUGCACAGAUCUACUCAUCAAACCAGCUUGCAAAGGCCAUGGCCACACUGAGGCAGCUGCCCAUGAUCAUGGAGAAUUCUGGCCCGCUGAAGCCGAGGUUCGAUGCACUCAACAAGCUCAUCAAGGCCAUGGUGGAGGUGACCAGGUGUAUGGUUCAGUUCAAGGAGCUUCCACCUAGUUACAUCUCUGAGGAUGUGCCAGCUUUGACCCAGGCCAUGACCCAUAUCCCAACUGCUGUUUAUUGGACCAUUAGGAGUGUUGUGGCUUGUGCUAAUCAGAUCACCCUUCUCACUACCAUGGGACACGAAUAUGCACUUUCAACAACCGACGCAUGGGAGCUGUCUUCUCUUGAGCACAAGCUGACCAACAUUUGUGACCAUUUGAAGCAACAAUUGGGAAGUUGCUACCAACUCAUAGAUGACAAGAAGAAUGUGGAGACAUUCAGGAUGCUGGUGGAGUUAUUUGAAAUGACCCACAUUGACAACAUGAAAAUUCUGAAGGCCCUAAUUCAUGCAAGGGAUGACCCCAUGCCAAUAGUUGAUGGUUCCACCAAGAGAAAGGUUACCCUGGAGGUGCUAAGGAGGAAGAAUGUCCUCCUCCUGAUCUCAGACCUCAACAUCUCCCACGACGAGCUCUCGAUCCUCGAGCAGAUCUACAACGAGUCGAGGAUCCACACGACGAGGCUGGACAGCCAGUACGAGGUGAUCUGGAUCCCCAUUGUGGACCCAUCGAUCGUGUGGACUGAGGCGAUGCACAAGCAGUUCGAGACCUUGCAGUCGACGAUGCCCUGGUACACUGUCAGCCACCCUAGCGUGAUCGAGAAGGCGGUGGUUAGGUACAUCAGGGAGAAGUGGCACUUCAGGAACAAGGCUAUCUUGGUGGUGCUUGAUCCACAAGGUAGGGUUGUUUCCCCCAAUGCCAUCCACAUGAUGUGGAUUUGGGGCAGCAAUGCUUUCCCUUUCACCAGCUUGAGGGAGGAGUCCCUGUGGAGGGAAGAGGCAUGGAGGCUUGAGCUCUUGGUCAAUGGGAUUGACCCCAUGAUCCUCAAUUGGAUCAAGGACGGCAAGUACAUCUUCCUCUACGGCGGAGACGACGUAGAAUGGGUCCGAAAAUUCACCAACACGGCCCGGGCCGUCGCAGUAGCCUCGCGCAUCCCUCUGGAGAUGGCCUACGUGGGGAAGAGCACGAAGAAAGAGCUCGUCCGCCGCGUCCUGGCCACCAUCACCGUGGAGAAGCUGAGCUACUUCUGGCAGGACCCGACCAUGAUCUGGUUCUUCUGGACGCGCCUGGAGAGCAUGCUGUUCAGCAAGAUCCAGCAGGGCAAGCUCGACGACCAUGACCCGAUGAUGCUGGAGAUCAAGAAGCUGCUGAGCUACGACAAGGAAGGAGGGUGGGCCGUUUUGAGCAAAGGGUCGAACAUCAUAUCGAAUGGACAUGGCAACACGGUGCUGACGACUCUGGUGGAGUACGAUCUGUGGAAGGAAGAGAUUCCGGUGAAGGGUUUCGAUCUGGCUUACGAUGAUCAUCACAAGAAGGUCCAUGGGGUGACUUACCCUUGUUGCAGGUUCGAGUUUCCUAAUACUGCGGGGAGGAUUCCUGAAGGGAUGAAGUGUCCUGAGUGUCAUAGGUAUAUGGAGAAGUACACCACUUUCCUGUGUUGCCAUGAUGAAGGGCAUCCUACUGCCUCGCCGUUUCGAGGGGAGUUGUAGAGGACGAUAUGGCGUUUGAGAAGUGAUGAAUGUGGCUGGUGGUGGUUGGAGUAGUACUAAAAUAAAGAAGAUGGUGGAAGAGAGCUAUAUAAUGCAUGGAUGCUUGCUGUAUGGUUUGCAUUCAUGGAGGUUUUUUACAAUAUAUUUAUUGCAGUUUUCAAGUGUUUUUUAGUUAAUGGUUUCAGUCAUGUUGUAACUUGCCAAUGGCGGUUCAUGUGAUGGAAUUGAUUGAUGAAUAAAAGUAAUAUUUGAAU